UCUUCCGUCCCGCGCGCAGCCUCCCCGUGAGGGCUCCCGCAGCGGCUGUUCCAUCGGCGGCUCAUACCCCUAAACACACUCACCGAUUGUAUUUACUAACACUGUGAGGACGUAACAAUCGGAUAGAACGAUUUUAAAAUAAAGUAUACAAUAUUUGGAAACGAUGUGUGACAUCACAAUUGUCCAGGCUUUGACAUUUUGCGAAAUUUUCGAGAAUAUCUGUGCAUCUCAAAACAUAAACAGAAGAACGUCAAAGCCUCGACGCCAUGUUGAUUGCCCGGGAUCACCUACACAAAAUGCCAAAUACUUAGCUAGUUACAGCUCCGAACGCACUGGCAUCAAUCUGAACCUCAAGCUAUCGAAUUUCCUUAUAACAUAGACCAGUCGUCAGUUUCCUCAAGCGACGUACUUUUGAACUAGGCCUUUCCAAAGUAGCCUUCAACGUCAGUCCACAGGGGGCAGCCAUCUUGGAAACUUUCAAAACAAACAAGUCGAAACAUACACUUUUCACUUUCACUAGUUACUGUGGGGAUCGAGGGCCACCAAAACAUCCUCAACACACUGUGAAACUACCGAGAAUCCAUGCAGCACUACUAAAAUAGCUAAAGGAACUGAGGAAACAAGGAAACUAGCAUCAUAUAGAAGGCCGGUGCGCGCCGGAAGUCAAGUGAGAAAUGGGCGUCCUUCGGCGCGUAUGCGGGGCGGUGGGCCUGGUGCUGGCCAUAGCGCUGGGCGUGGUGGCCCUUCUGCUGCUGGUGGCCGUCAUCCGGGCUGUCACCAUCGAGGGCGAGGACUACCGCGACCCUGGCCUCGAGGGCCUGGUGCGCGAGGAGCUUCCUGAGUGGUACCUGCAGACGCUGCCGGAGCUGAUGGGCCGCGCCCUCGCCAUCCCCACGGUGUCCACGGCCCCCGGGGACUACGACACCGAGCAGCUCCUCCGCUUCCACGCCUUUCUCAGGGAAGGUUUUCCUAACACCUUUAGCGCCUCCUUCAUCGAGGUGGAGGUCGUCAACAACUAUAGCUUGCUUUUCACUGUCAAGGGGAGUGACCCAACGCUGGAGCCCUACCUGCUAGCGGCGCACAUGGACGUGGUGCCUGUGGACGCGAGCAAGUGGACGAAGGACCCCUGGAGCGGCCAGGUCAUCCCCGACCCCGAGACCGGAGAGGACUUCGUAUGGGGUCGCGGGGCCAUCGACGACAAGCUGGGCGUGAUGGGCAUCAUGGCGGCGCUGGACUAUCUGGUGCCCUCGGGGUUCCAGCCAACGAGGUCCUUUUACGUGGCGUUCGGGCAUGACGAGGAGGUGCACGGCGAGGACGGCGCCGGCCACAUCGGAGCGCUGCUGCAGGACCGGGGCGUCACGCUGGACUUCGUGCUGGACGAGGGCAUGCCCGUGCUGGACGGCGUCAUGGCUGGCAUGGAGAUCCCCGUGGCCGCAAUCGGCGUGACAGAGAAGGGGUGGAUGCGCGUCCGGCUGGAUGUGGAUGGCGAAGGCGGCCACUCGUCCAUCCCCCCCCAAGACCAGGCCGUCACUCGCCUGGCGUCUGCUCUGGUUAACCUGCACCGCAACCCGCAGCCUUCAAUGUUCGGCAAAGGAACGGAGGAUGACCUGCUGACUCUCAUGGCACACAAGGCAUCGUGGCCGCACAAGCUGGUUUACGCCAACACCUGGUUAUUCGAGCCCCUCCUGAAGGUGAUCAUGUCCCGCAGCCGUGAGACGAACGCCAUCAUCCGCACGACCACCGCUGCCACCAUUGUCCGCGCCGGCGUCAAGGAAAACGUGGUUCCUGCCUCCGCGUCGGCUAUUCUCAACCACCGCGUACACCCUGCCCAGCCGUUGGACGAGGUUGUCAAGCACGACGUGGCAGCCAUCGACGACCCGCGCGUGAAGGUGACGGUGGAGGACACCCGAGAAGCGCACCCGAUUUCACCCUACGGCCCGCACGUGCCCGGCUGGCGACUCCUGGCAGCUACGGUGGCCCAGAUCUUCCCAGAGGCUGUGACCGUCCCAAGUAUGUUGGUGGGCAACACAGACACGAAGUCGUACCUCAGUCUGAGCCGCUGCGUGUACCGCUUCCUGCCCGUGCGGAUGACGACGCGGGACAUCCAGACCAUCCACGGGCACGACGAGCGGGUGUCCAACCGGGCGGUGGGCGCGGCAGCCUCCUUUUACCACCGGCUGAUCCUGACGGCUGACGUGGGCGCCCACGCGCUCCGAUCCAGGCCGGGGCACAGGGCCGGGGAGCUCUAGGCUUGACCUGACCUCGCUUCGACGCGGCAACACCCUAGAUCAGCUGCAGGCAACCAACAAGUCAUCGAACAUCUCAGGCCAUUUUCCUCUUGUCUCGAGUUGGGUUCCUUCAGCUGAUCAUCAUCUCUCGGGCGUCGUCCACGAACUCAGAGGGUCUUGCUUCUGCCAAGGC